AUGUACACACAACCACCCCCGAGCUCCCAACAACCUACGCAACGCCCUAUUUCCAAUCAACCACAAUCACAACCUUUAACGUCCCAACCUGUAUCAUCCUCAACCCCACCGAUACAACAGAAUUUUCCAGGUUGGCGACCAGUUGGAGGAAACGCGCAGCCAUUUCGUCCACCACCACCACCACAAAAUGUGAGACCCGGCUUCCUACCUGGUCAACGUCCCCCCCAAACCGUAGCUGCACCAGGAACUGGACCCAUGAUCCAAGGUCAACCACAGAUGAUUGCAGCAGCUCAAUCGCAACCUCCGCAGGUAAACACUUUUCCUGGAUCAAGACCGCCCAUGAUUCAACCUUCUAGCUCUGCAUACCCACAGUCCACGAUAUCAUCCUUACCUACCAGACCACCAGGUCCUCCAGGUCCUAUGCGUCCACCGCAACGAUUGGAUGUUGGUAAUAUGGAUGAUAUCGUAAAUCAAGUGGGUAAUAUAGAAAUUAACCCGGGUCCUCCUUCCAUUCAGGAUCAACCUCAACUCGAU